AUGAAGAAGGGUGUCUCGUUUGUAUGGGAUGAGGCCUGCAAGAAUGCAUUCCAAAGCAUCAAGUCCUAUUUAAUGAAGCCGCCUGUGCUGACUGCUCCAAUUCCAGGACGCUCGUUGAUCCUUUACAUCCCCACCCAAGAAAGCUCUGUGGGUGUUUUACUUGCACAAGAAAACAAUAAAGGGAAAGGAAAUGCUCUUUAUUAUUUAAGUAGAAUGAUGACGUCAAAUGAGCUCAAAUAUCUGCCAAUUGAGAAGUUGUGUCUGGCCCUUGUAUUCGCAAUCAGGAAGCUCAAGCACUAUUUUGAAGCGCAUACAAUUCGACUAGUUUCCAGGGCAAACCCAGUGAAGUAUGUCAUGGCACAGGUUGUUCUUUCUGAUCGACUUGCGAGGUGGUACUUAUUAUUUCAACAGCUUGAGAUCACUUAUGUACCACAGAAGUCCAUCAAGGGGCAAGCCUUAGCGGAUUUCCUAGCUGAUCAUCCAAUUCCUGCCGAAUGGGAGCUGUCCAAUGAUCUACCUUAUGAGGAUGUGCUUGUGGUUGAAGUUUUACCUCCAUGGAAGAUGUAUUUUGAUGGAGCGACACACAAAGAGGGGGCAGGCGCUGGAGUUGUCUUUGUUACGCCUGAAGGGGAAGUGCUUCCUUAUUCAUUUACCUUGAUGGAACGAUGCUCGAACAAUGUUGCCGAGUAUCAAGCACUCAUUUUGGGACUUGAAAUUGCAGUUGAUAUGAAGCAACUAAGGGUUAAGAUAUACGGGGACUCCAAACUGAUUAUCAACCAAGUACUUGGGGUUUACGAAGUAAAAAAGCCAGAGUUGAUCCCAUACAACGGUUAUGCAAAGAUGUUCCUACAUUGGCUAGGAUAUGCUACAAUGGAGCACAUUCCAAGGAAACAGAAUAAGCAAGCUGAUGUCUUGGCUGCUUUGGCUUCAAACGAUGGCUCUCUUGACGACAUUGUUGAACUCCCGACUGCUUCUGUCUAUGAGGUAGAUAAAGAGGAUUGGAUGCAAUCAUUGAUUGACUACCUUGUUGAUGAGAAGUUACCUCAAGACCCUCGUAGGAGGGUAGAUAUAAGAUGUCGAGCUCCUCGCUUCAUAUAUUUCAAGGACGCGUUAUAUCGGCGCUCGUUUGAUAGUGUGUUUCUUCGAUGUUUAGGCGAAGAGGAAGCUUUACAAGCGAUGGAGGAGGCUCACUCUGGAGUGUGCGGUGCUCAUCAAUCUGGUCCUAAGUUACAUUUUCACAUCAAAAGGAUGGGUUACUACUGGCUUACGAUGGUGAAGGAUUGA